UGUGUAUCAAGAUUUUCUCUUUUCACAAUAUGUUGUUUUGACAUUUUGACUAAAUAAUUUCAAACUUUUGUAGAUAUCAAUAUUUUUAAUUGUAAAUUAUAUGGGUUCUAUACAUUUUUUCCAUCUUGUUACUCAUAUAAUUAUUAUUUGAUUCUGAUUGAAAAUAUCGAAUCAAGGAUCUGUUAUCUUACACAAAUAGUUUUCAGCUUUUCCUUGUAUUUUGCUCAUUUGAAAUGCGUCUAGUAAUCCUAGAGACUGCUGAGUCAGUAGCAGAAUGGGCAGCAAAAUAUGUAAUGAAGAGAAUAAAUGACUACAAUGCUGGACCAGAAAAAUACUUUGUAUUGGGGUUACCAACAGGCAGCACCCCAUUUGGCAUGUACAAGAAACUGAUAGAAUAUCACAAGGCAGGAAAAGUGUCUUUUAAAUAUGUUAAAACAUUCAACAUGGAUGAAUAUGUGAGUUUGCCUAGAGACCAUCCAGAAAGUUAUCAUUAUUAUAUGUGGAACAAUUUUUUCAAACACAUAGAUAUUGAUCCAAAGAAUGCUCAUAUACUUGAUGGUAAUGCUCAGGACUUAGCAGUUGAAUGUAAUGCUUAUGAAGAAAAAAUCAAAGAGGCAGGAGGGGUAGAAUUGUUUAUUGGAGGCAUUGGCCCAGAUGGUCACAUAGCAUUCAAUGAACCAGGAUCAUCAUUGGUUUCUCGAACUAGAGUGAAAACAUUAGCUCAGGAUACCUUAGAAGCCAAUGCUCGUUUCUUUGGAAAUGAUAUCAAUUUAGUUCCUAAACAAGCCCUUACUGUAGGAGUUGGUACAGUGAUGGAUGCUAAAGAGGUUAUGAUUCUAAUUACCGGAACACAUAAGUCCUUUGCAUUAUACAAAGCAGUAGAAGAAGGGGUAAAUCACAUGUGGACAGUCUCCGCCUUCCAGCAACAUCCACAUACCUUGAUGAUUUGUGAUGAAGAUGCCACCUUGGAAUUGAGAGUCAAGACUGUGAAAUAUUUCAAGGCCCUUAGUGAUGUUCAUCAGAAGCUGAUCCAAGAGGCUGAUUCCGUGGAAAAAUUCAGGAUCUUCCAUUAGGCAGUUGUGCAAUAGAAUCUUUCGACAUUAGGCAAUAAGCAGGUUGAGGAUGCUUGAGGGAUUAUUAUAUCGUAGUGAUUAUAUCAUAUAAUUACAUAGUAAGUAACUAAAUUUCCACAGAUAUUCAUUAGGAAAAACUAUUCUGGAAUGUUUUAUACUAUGCAGGUCUUUUAUAAAAACUAUGAAAAUAUUUUGUUUAUUAUACAUAUAUCAAUAACUAUUAGUUUAAUAUUACUGGUUGAAAAGACUGAUUCUGAACAAUCCAAUAAACCACAAAAAUA